AUGAUGAACAUCGAGGGGGAGGAGAUGCGCAAACCAAUCCGGCUCAUCGCGGCUGCCUGCAAAAAGAAUUUCAGUUCUUUAUGGAUACAAUUACAGCUGUGUCUGCACCUGGUAAGUGUCUGGGGGCGAAUCUGCUGGUUCUCCUGUUCUGAGACGGUCUUCCCUUUGGCCAACUGCAUCAAUUUGGUAUUGAGCAGGAAGCUGACUGCAGUGCCUCCACUUGCCCACUAUCUGUGUAAGGAUUUCGGAUCAGUAAUUCACCUGGCUUCUGAGCCUCCCUUAUGUCACAUUGUGGAGACCAUCUGGGUUUUAGGAGGCCCAGAGGUGUAUAAGGAAAGUCUUGAGCAUCCAUGUUGUGAUCUCAUCUAUCUCACUGACAUCAUGGCCGACUUUGACUGUGAUGUCUUUUUCCCAAAAUUUGACCGCAAUGUUUUCAGAAAACAAAAGGGCUUUCCCGGAGUACCAGAUGAAAUUCAUGAAGAAAAUGGUAUUAAAUUUCAAUUUCAAGUCUUCAAGAAAGAAGCUUAAAACUGAAGCUGUGAAGAGACCAGACGGACAAACAUGAUACUGGAAUUGUUUUAUGUUUACAUAAUCUGAAACUACGGAGCCCCAAAGGGGACAUGGUGAUGGAAAUAAAUAUGAGAAAGGAGGGAAAAAUGCAUUUGUGCUGUCU